AGUUCCGUCUGCCUGACACUGUGGAUUAAGGGGGGCUCUGUUGAUUUGGGCAAGUUCUAAUUGGUACCGGACUCAGACAAGGUUUCGGAACCGGGUUCGGGAAAGGAGGGGGUGUGUGGCCCAGCUGGAAUUGCGGGUGCUCAAAAUAGUCCGAACAGGAUUCUUGUGAUCGAAAAAAUAAAACGGAGAGCCGGGGGGCCUCCGCGGGGGCUGCGAGGAGGGACAGGCGGGGAUAGGAGAUCCGAACCGGGCUCGAAGCACUGGACUCGACCCGGGGGAUCAGGGGGGCUACCACAAAAACAGAAGGAGAGAAUAUACACGGCGCCACUGUCCUGGAUUAUUUUCAUUUUAUCUCGACAAAGGAAAAAGAAAAGCAGGAAAUAUAGCUGGCUAAUUAAGAGCUAGCUGGCUAGCAAACGACUGACUCGGAAAUCCUUGCUAACACAGCUAGCUUGUUGCUAUCGUACAGACCAAGUCUUGCAAAGGUUCGUGAAGUGAGCAGCUGCAGGAUUGUCUAGCGCUAAGAUAGCUAGCCACCCGGCCUGCAAACAUGGGCAACGCGCCCACCGCCAAGAAGGGCAGCGAGAUGGAAAGCGUGAAGGAGUUUCUCGCAAAAGCCAAAGAAGACUUUCUCAAGAAAUGGGAGAACCCAGCACAGAACACAGCGUCUCUGGACCAGUUUGAGCGGUUAAAGACUCUGGGCACCGGGUCCUUUGGACGAGUCAUGCUGGUCAAGCACAAAGAGACGGGUCAGCACUACGCCAUGAAGAUCCUCGACAAACAGAAGGUGGUAAAGCUGAAACAGAUUGAACACACGCUGAAUGAGAAGCGCAUCCUGCAGGCAGUCAGCUUCCCUUUCCUGGUGCGAUUGGAGUACUCCUUCAAGGAUAACUCUAACCUGUACAUGGUGAUGGAGUACGUCCCGGGGGGCGAGAUGUUCUCUCACCUGCGGAGAAUCGGCAGGUUCAGCGAGCCCCAUGCCCGCUUCUACGCCGCCCAGAUUGUGCUGACCUUCGAGUACCUGCACUCUCUGGACCUCAUCUACCGAGACCUGAAACCUGAAAACCUGCUCAUAGACCAGCAGGGCUACAUACAGGUAACAGAUUUUGGAUUUGCCAAGCGGGUGAAGGGCAGGACCUGGACGCUGUGUGGCACUCCGGAGUACCUGGCACCAGAGAUCAUCCUCAGCAAGGGAUAUAAUAAGGCAGUAGACUGGUGGGCUUUGGGGGUGCUGAUUUACGAGAUGGCAGCGGGGUACCCCCCUUUCUUUGCCGACCAGCCCAUUCAGAUCUACGAGAAGAUUGUCUCCGGGAAGGUGCGGUUCCCCUCCCACUUCAGCUCGGACCUGAAGGACCUGCUGCGGAACCUCCUGCAGGUGGACCUGACCAAGCGCUUCGGCAACCUGAAGAACGCCGUCAAUGACAUCAAGGGUCACAAGUGGUUUGCCACCACGGAUUGGAUCGCCAUCUACCAGAGAAAGGUGGAGGCCCCCUUCAUCCCCAAGUGCAAAGGCCCCGGCGACACCAGCAACUUCGAUGACUAUGAGGAAGAGGAAAUCCGAGUCUCCUUCACCGAGAAGUGUGCAAAGGAGUUUGCAGAAUUCUAGAUCCACCUGGGAGAAGCAGAGGGAGGGGGAGGGAGGGAGAGAGAGAGGGAGAAAGAGGAGAAGGGGGAGGGGUAAGGAUUAGGGGUGACGUGGGGCACUCUCUCCCAUCCAAUAACAGAACCACCAGCCUGAGAGAGGGGGAGGAGCCAGAACUGUUGCCUUUUCAGUAUUUU